UAUGAGAAUAAAGUCAUAAUAUUUGAAGGAGGAAGUCGUAAUUUUAUGAGAACUCCAGCGCGAACAAUAACUAUUUCAAAUGUAAUCCGCGUAAGUUUUACAAAUAAGAAGAUGCUACAGCUUUGAACACAUCAGUGUCAAAUUAUUAUUAUUAAAUAAUCAUAUAUGGGGAUCAUGCAGGCUGCCAGUUUUUGCUUUUUAUCCUUCUCCUUCUACAACUUGUUCCUUCAAAACCCCCAUGUACAACGUUUGCUUUAUUUCAGAGGCACCARUACAAUCUAACAGGAUAAAGCUGCAUAAAGGGACCAUUUUGUCUUUGUUGCAGCCCACCUUUGGGAGUCAGAGUAAUGCGUCCGCAGCCACUGAACCGAGCAGGAGCGUUGCUGCAGGCUGAAUGGCAGAUGGCUCUGUCAGCGGGCGCAAACACAAACGGCGAAUAUGUUGCAACAUGUAAUAUCAGCUGGAAAAAAGCAGGUGUAAUAUAGCUUUUGAUGUAUGGAUUGAAGCUAAGUCCCUUCUUUCUAAUGGAAAGAACAUUUUCCACAUUUUAGACACCAAAACAGAGGGAGGAGGUGUAAUAUCCAGGCGGCCCGGACUCCCAGCGGGACCAUGUGGAUGUCAUUAGAGGACAUGCCAGGAGAGGUUCCUCCCUGUCCGCCCGUCCUUCCUCACCGGCUGAAUAUAAAUCAACUCGGGUUCAUUUCCAGGGAACUUGCACUUGGUUCUGGUGUUGCGUCCCACUGCUCUGUUCCAGCGGACUCUCUCGGACUUCCUGUUCAAGUUCAACAGGGAUGACUUCAAAAUGAAGGUGGUGAUGCUGAGUACAGUGACCGAGCUCCAUGCCUACAUCGACCCGGGGCAACUGACCACAGAGCUGGGAGGCACGCAGCAGUACUGCCACGACAGCUGGAUCUCACACCGCACCGCCAUCGAGGCGUUCGCCCUCAUGGUGAAGACCGUGGCACAGACGCUGCAGGCGUUUGGCACCGAGCUCGCAGAGACGGAGUUACCCAAUGAUGCAGAGGCCACCUUGGACCUGCUGCACAAGCACACACUGCAGAAAGACACAAUGAAGGAGGACCUGAAGGUGGCGCUGUCUCAAGGCGGGCGUCUGCUGGCUUGCAUCAACGAGCCUCUACAGACGGACCCUGAUUACAGCAUGACACAAGAUGAAAUGGAGAACUUGGCGACUGUUCAGAGACUCAUGGGUCAGUUGGACGAAACAGAAACGGCGUUUGAUGACUUCUGGGAGCGUCACCGCACCAAGCUGGAGCAGUGUCUGCAGCUCCGCCACUUCGAGAAGCACUUCCGUGAAGUGCGUCCCCAGCUUGACGUGAUGUUCGAGCGCCUGUCGGGUUUCUCCGAAGUCAGCAUAAGCCCCGCCCACGCAGAGCACGUCCUGCGAGAGCUCAGCAGCCACGAGGAGAAGGCUUGUGAGCUGAUGGACCUCGCCUUGUCUCUGGCCAGCGAGGGGGAGAGACUGAUAGAAAACUCUCACUACGCCGAGGACAGCAUCCGGCCCAAGUGCAGCGAGCUGAGAGGAGUGUGCGAGGUGAUCGGCUCCACUCUGCGGAGCAAGAAGGGCCUCCUGCUCAGGGCCCGGGAGCUGCACCACGCCCUGGAGAAGGCAUCAGAGUGGUGCGAGGAUGGGAUCCUGCUGUUGGCUAACCAGCCGGUGGACCGCUGUCAGUCUCAGGACGGAGCCGAGGCGGCUCUGCAGGAGCUGGAGCGCUACCUGGAUACGGCGGCUCUGCACACCAUCUCGGACCGCGGCGCCAUCUGCUGUCAGUACGAGGCCGUGCUUAAUCCUCAACUCAGGGACCACAUGGAUAAGGUUUUCCAGAAGCAGAGCUCCGUUCAGGAGAUGUUUGAGAAGAGACGAGUUAGCCUGAAGAAACUCGCCGCCAAGCAAACCAGACCAGUACAGCCAGUGGCACCGAGACCGGAGGUCAAGUCUCCGCUCUCCUCUCCCAAUCCAGAGAGAAAAGAGAGGAGGUACUCAGCAGAUAGUGCGCUCUGCAAAAAGGGCGAGUCUCCCGUACACAAUGGCGGCACAAGACACGCUUCCCUUUCAGAAGAAGAGGAAAACCUGGCAGUACUUCGUCGGCACGUGAUGAACGAGCUGCUUGAGACGGAGAGGGCGUAUGUUGAGGAGCUCCUGUGCGUUCUGGAGGGUUACGCAGCAGAGAUGGACAACCCCAUCAUGGCUCACCUAAUCCCCAGCACCCUGCAGAGCAAGAAGGACAUCCUGUUUGGGAACAUGCCGGAAAUUUAUCAGUUUCAUAAAAGGACGUUCCUGAAGGAUCUGGAAGCGUACACGGACUGCCCAGAACUUGUAGGCCGCUGCUUUUUAGAACGGAUGAAAGACUUGCAGAUCUACGAGGCCUACUGCCAGAACAAACCUCGCUCGGAGAGCUUGUGGAGACAAUGCUCAGACUGUGCCUUCUUCCAGGAGUGCCAGAAGAAGCUGGAACACAAACUCGGUUUGGACUCCUACCUCCUCAAACCCGUCCAGAGAAUCACAAAGUACCAGCUACUGCUAAAAGAGUUGUUGAAGUACAGUAAGGGCUGUGACGGUGCCGACGACCUGCAGGAGGCGCUCUCCUCCAUCUUGGGAAUCCUGAAAGCCGUCAACGACUCAAUGCAUCUCAUCGCCAUCACAGGAUACGAGGGCAACCUGUCGGAUCUGGGCCGUCUGCUGAUGCAGGGCUCCUUCAGCGUCUGGACGGAGCACAAAAAAGGUCACGCGAAGGUCAAGGACCUGGCCAGGUUCAAGCCCAUGCAGAGGCACCUGUUCCUGCACGAGAAAGCUCUGCUCUUCUGCAAAAAGAGGGAGGAGAACGGGGAAGGCUACGAGAAAGCGCCCUCGUACAGCUUCAAGCACUCGCUUAGCAUGAGUGCGGUGGGCAUCACAGAGAAUGCUAAAGGUGACAACAAGAAGUUUGAGAUUUGGUCCAAUUCCAGAGAAGAGGUCUUCAUAGUGCAGGCUCCGACUGCAGAGAUUAAAACGGCCUGGGUGAACGAGAUCCGCAAGGUUCUGACUCAGCAGCUCAAAGCCUGCAGAGACGCCACCCAGCAGAAGAGCUCGGACUCUCCGAAUCCCACCAGCAAUAACUCCUCUGUCUCCCUCAGCCCGUUCCGCAGCAGCGCUCAGAAGAACCAGAGGAAGCAGGACGAGAAGAAGGUGGAGCCAAACCCGACCUCAGAGGGGAACUCGUGUCCCUCGCCAAAACAUAAAGAUGAAGCUGUGACCAGCCCGACCGCUGACCGGUCCUCAGUGGCUAAAAAGCGUUUUACUUUGCAGGGUUUCAGCAACCUCAAGAGCCCCAAAGGCUCAGCUCUGAGUCCUGAGCUUUCCUCCAAACGCCACUCGGUCAAGAGCGACCCCUCGCCGUUUGGGUUCAAAGGCUGGAACAAGCCGUCUCUGUCAGCGGACGCCUCGGAGGAGAACGACGGCUUCUCCAGCGGAGAGGACCCCAUGACCUCUGACAUCGAGGAUGAAGUGGUGAAAAAGCUGGCUCCAGGAAAGUACAGCGUGGUAGCAGACUGCGAGAAGGCGGGUCCUCAAGAGCUGUCUGUCAAAAGUGGAGACAUGGUCCAGCUAAUCAGAGAGGGAGAGGACGGACAAUGGUUUGUGAAGAACCUCCGCAGCGGUAAGGAGGGCUGGGUGGCAGCCGCGAACCUCCUCAGCCUCAUCUCAGAGUCCAAAUCGUCUCAGUCGCUCAGCAGCUCCGAUGGCAGCGUCUCUGGGAACCUAAGCACCUCUUCCAGCUGCAGCGAGACCUACACCAGCUUCUCCGACAUCAAACCCUGACCGAAGAUCCCAUCCCCGUCCCUCAACCCUUAAGUUAUUUUUCUACUCUCGUCGUAAAUUCUGCAGCUGACUCUGACAGGAGAACAGAAUCAGUGUUUUUCUUUUCUUUUUUUUCAAUGGCACACUUUAAAGUUUCCUUGCACCUUAAACUUCUAAUUUUUGCAGUCGUACCAUGUGGACUCAUCGUCUCCUGUCGGGUCUGCUUUAAAAAUCCCAAAAGACUUGGAAAACUUAACUUACUGGACAUGCGUUCAGAGCCAUAGCGCUAUAAUGUAGCAUCAAAAGAGACAUUUUAAAGAAUAUCUGCACUAAAUGCAACAACACUGGAGUCAAACUUUGCAGCUCAGCGACAGAUUCUUCUUCGGAGCUUCGCACAGAUGCUAUCGAACAGGCAUUUCACGUAUCGCGACGGCUUCGGUGUCGGGCAUUGAUCGUACACUGUGAAAAGUGGCGGGUGGCUGCAACCAGAAACAUGCCGGCGGCCGCGUCUUGGAGCAAAACUGAGCUCCUCCUGUUGUUGUUCGUGGGAGUUGAAAGAGGCCGUUGUGUGUGUUUGGUUGGCACAAAAAUGCUGUAUCCCUUCCAUAUUUUCACAGAAUAAGCAAAGGUAUUGAUGUCUUAGAAGGUGAAAGAUCCACAUCCUGUAUUUCUCCACUUAUAAAUACUGGCAGCUUGGACAUCUGGAUUUCUUUCUUUCUUUUUUUUUUUUUUUCCUCUCCGUUUAUCUCAGGAAAAUGUAGUGGUUGCUCGGUCCGGCAGGUGUGACUGCAUACCUGCGCAUGGGGGCUAUCUGUCUUUGUGUGCACAUUCCUGCUUGCCAGUCCGUAGAGCUGUUAAAGGGGCAGGCGCCGGUUGACUCAGUGGCUACAUAAAUCAAUUUCCAGCAACACUGUGGCAGCACCACCCCUGCUGACGCGCGCUGAAAUGACCAAACAACGUCGCAAAUCUCAAUCAACUGCAUUUAUGUUUGUUUCUCCACACAAAAGAAAGCUUUGUGCUCGGCCUUUGCUACCAGCCCCAUUCAGGCAUGUGACACUCGCCACUAUUUUUCUUUUUUUUCUUUUUAAAGAAAGCCAGACCUGCUCAACAUGUUUGUACGCACCCAUUUAGUGUAUCUGAUCCCAUUGGGGAAUGAUAAAAAAAGUGUUUUUUUUUUUUUUUGUAGGAUUUUCACAAAAUGAGGAACUUGUKCUGUUACAAACACAGAAUCACAUUCGCUCUUUGAGAGCAAACAUGGUUUUAUAUACCCCCGGGUUUCUACUGUAUCCACAAGGCGCUGUAAAGUACUCUCUUCCUUUAUUUUUAUGAACAGGAAUGCUAUUGAACUAAGCUCAGCUCCACCCGUUUAUUGCCCACACUGGGCCUGACGCCUCUGUUAGUAAAGGGAAAGGAAGAAACUAUGCUGCAGACCUUUUCGUUUUCAAACUGUGUGUGUGACUGGCUGGCCUUUUGUGUCGGUAAAUGUACCUGUUCUGUCGACGUCRCCUCUAUACCUCAUGCCGUUCUCCUCAAAAGCACGUACACUGUAAAGAAGAAUCUCUGUCUCAGCGUUUCAGUCUUUGUGGCAUGUUCCUCACAGCUCCCCAUUUUGAACCUAAAUAUAUAUAUUUUUUUUACCUGUUCGUACAUUAUGARAGUUUAUUUUCUGCCCUCUUUAAAGAAAAAAAAAAAAAAACCUGACACGGGCACUAAACUUGUCGGAGUUUGAUCAUGGUCACACCAUAAAGUUAAAUGAAUCAUUUUUACUUUUUAAUCCGAGGCUGGAAAAAAAAAACACAUUUGAGAAAGGGGUUAUAUAUUUUUUACUUUUCUGUUUUAUGCAGCACAUUGCGGCAACCACUGUCUUUAUUUUCUGAUGGUAUAUCUACUGUGUAUGAUGGUGAAAUAAAAGUGUUAUGAGACAUAUGUAUAUUUGUAAAUAUGUAUUCUGACUUSUAUGUACAAUUAAAGCAGCUUUAAUAAAGUCUGAGAUUGUUUCCUCAA